GUACAAGCAAGAGGAUAUUCGCAAUACCUGGCAAAAACACGAAAGACUGGAACAGUAAUUUUACUAGGUAUAUCUUGAAUGCGAAACAGACUAUAGGGAAAGAGCAAGUACGUACGGCAGGAAGCAGACGCUCCAUACGUUUGAAUGAGCCAUUCAUCAAUACCCGUGGACAUUUCCUGUGCACUAGAGGCUUAGGGCAAUAGCAGUAUUCACUACUGUUCAUUUGUCGAGCGGGAAUUAGGUACUUCAGAUUUGAUCAAUUCAGUGUAUCUAUUCACCAGGAAGAGGACAGGGCAAGUAAGCUAUGAAAAUAUACUUUACAUGAGAAGGAUUACUUGGUAUUCAAUUGCUACAUACGCCAAAAGCUCAUAUCUCCAGAUCUAUGAGCAACUACAAAAAUUUGUUGUCUUUUUUAGGGUGAGGGGGCAUCACUGCUAGGAACACAACUUGCGAAGUGCUAUUGUGAAGUGUCGCCAAGACUCUCUUGAAGUAUUCAAGAAUGGACAAUAUGCAAAACGUCGACAAGAUGGAGGAGAUAGCCAAGCCUGAGGUCGUCACUCCCAAGGGCUUUCAGACUAUUGAGCAGAUUAAGAGUUUUGAAAUUCUACCAGGUGGAGUUGUAAAGCCACAAUUUGUCAAUGUAAUAGGAUUUGUGAUGGAUCAUCAACCUCCUAUCCAAACCAAAGGAACAGACUUCAAAUGCAGUUUUCAAAUAAAAGAUUAUUCCUCGCGAUUUGAGCGCUUCGGCUUGAGGAUGAGUGUUUUUGCAACAGAGGACAAGAUGCCAAAAAUCCAGAAGCAAAAGGAUGCUGUGCUUAUCCGGAGUGCAAAGAUUCAAUUGCGUAAUGGGGAGAUACAGUUACUAUCUCACUUUAGUACCGAAUACCACAUACUCCAUGCUGAGCACAUCCCUAAAGCUAUUUUCCCCGUCAUCAAAGCUUCGUGGAUUUCAACACCACCAGCAAGAUGCCGACGUCCAGAACCAAUCGAGACUAAGUAUGUGAUAUGGUCAAAUCAACAUCUUGACGAAGUUGAGUUUCCUGGUACUCAAGAAUUUCAGGAAAAGGCAAAAAAAGCUUUGCAGGUCAGGGAUAAGUUCAGUCUACUUAAAGAUGUCAAAGACGGCUCGUUUCACGACAUCAUAGGUGAAGUGAGAAAGAUUUAUGGAGCUAAUAACGAUAUGGUCACCGUUUACUUUACCGACUACACAGCUCACUCGAAAUUUUACAACUAUACACUACCGGGGCUAUCGAGUGUCGUGAUGGAAGGUCGCGAUGGCGAUGAAUAUGGAUAUAUCAAAGCGAAGCCCAAAGAUGAAGCAAAAGAAUGGAAAGGUCCGUUCGGGAAAAUGACCAUUCAGCUCACACUAUUCGACGCCCAUGCCAUGUUUAUUCGAGAGGAAAAUAUUAAGGAAGGCCAGUGGCUCCGCUUGACUAAUGUCCAAUUUAAAUCAGGCAAUGCAGGUCUUAUGGAGGGUAAGCUUCGUGGCGAUCGAGGAGCAUCUGAUGGUAAAGUUCAAGUCGAGAUCAUGAAAACUUCUGAAGAUCCUCAGAACAAUGAUCCCAGAUGGAAAGACUGUCUUCGACGAAAGCGUGAUUGGACCCAAAAGCACGAGAAGGAAAGAAAGAGACUCCAAGAAGAAAUUUCGGGGGCAGGAACCAAGCGCAAAGCAGAGGGACAACCAAGCGGGAAAAAUUCUAAAGCGCGAAGGAAAGAAUUGCGAGCCAAGGUAGAGGCUAAAAGUGCUUCCAGCGAGAUGAAAGCUGUUAUAGAGCUUAACUUGAACGAAAAUGUGAUGCUACAUCCUUCUCUGACUGCAAGAGACAUAAUACCAUUGUCAAGUAUUCUGCAACGCACGUCGCCCAUCUCUUCAGAUCCCAAAUUCGCAGGAAUUAACGCACCCUUCGAGAAUAAUAUCUACAAAGCAAAUGUUCGGGUUGUAGAUUACUUACCUCACAAUAUUGCCGACUUCGCAGUUGGUCGUAAAAUCAGCGAAUUCGACGUGUUAUCUGAUUAUAGUGGUGAUGAAGAUGAUGAUCGAAUGGAAGAUAUGCAAAGUUUCCGCGAAGGCAAGGGUUACGUAGAAAGGAAAUGGGAAUGGUUCUUCUCGCUUGUAGUCGAAGAUGCAAACCCAAAUGCUUCUAAAGAGAGAGCUAUUCUUAGGGUAGAAAAUUAUGAUGCGCAGAUGUUACUCAAUCUUCAAGGCGAUGCUUGCAACCUACGAACAAAUCCAGGAAUUCUUAGAGAUGUUAAAGAAACACUCUUUAAGCUAUGGGGAGAUUUGGAGGAGCAAAAGUCGGCUCUGCUUUUGCAGAAAGCCCACGAGAAACCAGAUGCAGAAAAAGUGGCGCCCGAGGCUUCCAGGGCUACAGAUUCAGAAUCUGAAGACGAAGGAAAUGAUCUUAGAAAAACUAAUCACAGUCUUCCAGUGGAUUCAGAGGACGAAGCCGAUGAUUUGAUCCGACAAAAUCAAACCAAAGGACCCGAGAGACCUGUCGUGCUUGAGGAGACAGAUUCUAAUAUCGAAGUUGAGAAGCGGGCCGAGCAGGUGGAGAUACCACAAGACCUUAAGCCCAAAAAUAAGCCUUUUCAGUGUUAUAUCAAAGAAUAUGGUAUCAAAGUGAAGGAAGAAGAUCCACUGAAGGCGAACGCCGGUAACGGGAAAAGGUGGCUAAGGGUGUUUGGACUGUGUUAUACUAUAAUUCGUUAAGGGUCGGCCUUGAAAAGUGUGAGAACGGACUGCAGUAUGUAUGAUCAAGAGCGUAAGAUUUUGGUAUUAUGACACUGUAUAAUUUAUUGGUUGAGAUGGAGAGCUUGGGAUGUAAUGGGAUGGAUGACCUCAGUUUGAUGAGCGGCAGCCGUGUAAGUGUUAUGUGAAGAUUUAUAUCUUCAGGAAUACCUGACACAUUCGAACUUAACACUUUAAACUCACACACCCAUUUUGCAAGUGAAACCGUCGUCUAGCAUGUUCUUUCCUGCUCUUGUUACAUACAUCUAGAAGUAAUAGCAAAUAGUAUUGCAGCCCAAUCUUAUUCACUUCU